GAAACUGCAUGCCAUCCCAACUCCCAGCAGCCAAAAGACACUUGUGCAUGAUUGCAAGUUUGAAACAACCUAAAGAAAAUACAAAAUGACUGCAGAGAGAGCACAGGCCUUGGCUUUGGUUGGGCUCAACAAACUUCCGGCUCAAUUCAUCCGCCCGGCCCAUGAACGGCCUGAGAACACCGUGGCCGUUGUCGGGGUCACGGUGCCCGUCAUCUCCCUCUCUCAGCCGCAUGAUGUGGUCGUCAGAGAAGUUGCAGAGGCUUGCCAGGAGUGGGGAUUCUUCCUCCUCACCGAUCAUGGUAUAUCACCUUCAUUGAUCCAACGGCUAAAAGAGGUGGGGCAAGAGUUCUAUGAGCUCCCACAAGAGGAAAAGGAAGCCCAUGCAAAUGACGCAGCUAGUGGCAAGUUUGAAGGCUAUGGUACCAAGAUGACAAAGAACCUAGAAGAAAAGGUGGAGUGGAUUGACUAUUACUUUCAUCUCAUGGCUCCUGCUUCUAAGGUUAACUACGAUGCAUGGCCCAAAAAUCCUCCUGCAUACAGAGGAGUCACAGAAGAAUAUGGCAAAGAAAUAUUGAGAAUAACUGAUAACCUACUGCAACUAUUGUCAGAGGGGUUAGGUUUGGAAGGGAAGGUUUUGAAGUCUUGUUUGGGUGAUGAAGAACUAGAGCUAGAGAUGAAAAUAAACAUGUACCCACCUUGCCCACAACCUGAAUUGGCUUUAGGAGUUGAACCUCAUACGGACAUGUCUGCACUCACAAUACUAGUUCCAAACGAUGUUCCAGGCCUUCAAGUGUGGAAAGACGAUAAUUGGGUUGCUGUAAAUCUCUUGGAAAAUGCCCUUUUUGUCCAUGUUGGUGAUCAAAUUGAGGUGCUAAGCAACGGGAAGUACAAGAGUGUUCUUCAUAGGAGUUUGGUGAACAAGGAAUGCACACGCAUGUCAUGGGCAGUGUUUAUUGUGCCUCCACAUGAGGCGAACAUUGGACCAUUUUCAGAGCUUGUGAAUGAUCAAAACCAAGCCAAAUAUUCAACUAAAACUUAUGCUGAGUACCGACACUGCAAAUUCAAUAAGCUUCCACAGUAAUAAUAGUUUCAUAUGGCCUUAUGUUGCCUUGGAACAAGGUUGCCAAUUGUCUGUGUAUUUCAUUCGAUUAUUUGACUACGGUCAAGCUCCAAUGAAAGAUAUGUAAUAAGUUACUAGCCUCUGAGCACGGGCGUGAACGCGUGCUCAGAGGCUAGUUUUUUACUAAUAAACUUUGUAAGGUUAUAUAUAAUGAAUAAAUAAGAAAAGAGGAAAAUUAUCUUAAGAGAGAUUCUCAUGAAA